CCGCAGCGGGGUUUAGGUAGCUUCAGAGACGGCCGGCUUUUGCCGAAUGGUUGCAGCAGGGGGAUCAUGACGGGGAAGAAGUCUUCCCGGGAGAAGCGGCGCAAACGAAGCGGUCAGGAAGCGGCGGCGGCGCUCACAGCUCCGGACUUGGUGCCCGCCCUAGCCAGUAGUGGCAGUGGAAGCACCAGUGGCUGCGGGAGUACCAGCGGCUGCGGGAGCGUCACCUGCUGUGGGAACACCAGCUUCAGUGGAAGUGUCACCGGCGGUGGGAGUGGAGGCAGCUGCUGGGGAGGGAGCAGCGUGGAGCGCAGCGAGCGCCGGAAGCGGAGGAGCACUGACUCAUCCUCCAGCGUCUCCGGGUCCCUGCAGCAGGAUACCAAAUACCUUUUGCCGACUUUGGAAAAAGAAUUAUUCUUGGCAGAGCACAGUGACCUUGAAGAAGGUGGACUGGACCUGACUGUGUCAUUAAAACCAGUUAGUUUCUAUAUAUCAGACAAAAAAGAAAUGCUUCAGCAGUGUUUCUGUAUCAUAGGCGAGAAAAAGUUACAGAAGAUGCUUCCUGAUGUGUUAAAGAACUGUUCAAUAGAAGAAAUUAAAAAACUGUGCCAAGAACAGUUAGAGCUACUAUCUGAAAAAAAAAUCUUGAAGAUUCUCGAGGGUGACAAUGGUAUGGACUCUGAUAUGGAAGAGGAGGCAGAUGAUGGCACUAAGAUGGGAUCUGAUUUAGUCAGUCAACAAGACAUCUGUGUAGAUUCUACUUCAACUGUGAGAGAGAACAAGCAACCUGAAGGUUUAGAAUUAAAACAAGGCAAAGGGGAAGAUAGUGAUGUACUCAGUAUAAAUGCAGAUGCUUAUGACAGCGACAUAGAAGGCCCAUGCAACGAAGAAGCUGCUGCUCCUGAGGUCCCUGAAAAUACAGUCCAAAGUGAAGCUGGUCAGAUAGAUGACCUGGAGAAAGACAUUGAGAAAAGUGUGAAUGAGAUUCUGGGACUGGCAGAGUCUAGCCCAAAGGAACCCAAAGCAGCCACCCUGACCGUUCCUCCACCAGAAGAUGUUCAGCCUUCCGCACAGCAGCUGGAGCUGCUAGAACUUGAGAUGAGGGCGAGAGCUAUUAAAGCCCUAAUGAAGGCUGGUGAUAUAAAAAAACCAGCCUAGUUAUUUGACUUGAAUCUGAGUUCUAGGUAUGUUUGAGCGAAGCCACAUCAUAUAAUUUUGUAUAUGAAGUUUAUUUUGAGUCUUAUGUGAUAUUUCUCAUGUAAUCCUUAUUAGAUAAACUCAUCUUAGGCCUAAAAUACCUGUGGUUUUUUUUUUUACUGUUGUUACUUUUAUAUAUGUGUUAUUGCUUUAUGAAUUUAUGGCAGAUAUCAUUGGAUAACCUGGAUACUUUGUUAGAUGAGCAUUUAGCUAUGUCUGCAAAUUAAUAUCUGAAAAGCUAUUAGCAAAGAGUCACUGUAUUUUUUCCUUCAUUUUUAAAUGUUUUGGCAUCAAACCUAAAAGCUUAAGAAAGAUUGACCAAGCAUGUUGCUCUUAAGGUUACCUAUAUUUUGUGGUAGAAUAUUAAAUUACUGCUUUUAGAUUUGUUAACAAUUUAAGAAAUUUAGUCAUGCUUAUAUGCGCUUUUAAAAUAAGUCUGUCUUGGAGACACCUUCUGUGGGUGUGAAUUUACUGGUAAAAACAGAAUAACAUUUUUUGUUGUAAGGCUUAGAGGUCUGAAAUGGCUGAGAAAAAUGUUUUUUAUAAAAGAAAAAAGGGACUUAAUUUAAGGCCAUUUUUAAAAAUGUAGAAGUAUUGCCCAACUUUAAUUCCAGCAGACAAGCCAUUCUAACAGGUAUUUGAUAUUAUUGGACACUUUGUUCAAGUUUUUUUCUUCAGUAAAAAGGGAACAUAUUUGCAUUUACAUUCCAAGCUAUUAGAAAAAGAAUAUUUUAUUGUACAGGCUUUUAUCUCAUGUUUUUGCUUGAAGAUCUGAUGUGCUAUAAUUCCAUGAAUUAAAAAUAAUAAAGACUAUCAUCCUGGAUCUGAAGACUUUUGAUAACAUUUCCAAAAGCAAAAUUAAUUUCAGGAAGCUUUGAUAAGUCGAUGUUAUAAUCUAAUUUUGUAUAGUUUUUGUAAAUAAAUUAACAUCCUGCACA